GCCCGGCAGCCGUCGCUCGUUUGCUGCUCAUCUUGCGCACUCGCAGAAUAGUCUCGCUCACCAUGUCCCCCCGCCAGUUUCACCACAAAGAACACGUCCAGGUUUCCUCCAUGGAUGAUUUCUCCUCCACAUAUUCCCCCAGCUUCUCGAGGGGCACAAAUGACGCGGUGCAAUCCAUUGUCACGAGCAGAAAGUGCUGGAAGACCAUCAAGGGCAAAGGCGAAGUUGUCUGGCCUCCGCAACUCGAAGCGGCGCUCGUUGAAGGUCUCGAACGAUAUCGCCCAGUCGAAACACGCUCUGCACGCGCACUGGGCCGAUUCCCGAUGCGCAACAAGUUCAUCUCGGAUUAUAUCUACCAAGUGACAGGCAAGCACCGCACGCCCAAACAGGUCGGCAGCCGCCUGCAGCAGCUCCGAGAUACUUGCGAGGGGAAACGAAUCCUCAAGCUUCUGUCGCAUCGCCCGGGCUCACCUCGCUCGCCGAGCGUUGAACAUUCCACUGCUUCCCCCGAGCCCUCAACCCCUUCAGCGCCGCCGCGCGAUUAUCUCAAUGUCGAUGUCCUUCCCGCCGACAUUUCCUGGCCGUCUGCCAGUGCUUCUGAAGCCUACCCCUCCUCCCGUCCCGUUCGCGCCAUCAGCAAUACCGUGACAUUCCGCUCAUCGACUGCUGUCCAUGGCGAGUCUCGCAGCCAUGUUUUGAAGGACGGCGUCGUCGUGCACAGUGAGACGACUGAGCUUCAGAUGCAGUCGUCGUCGUGCAUGCCUGCUCCCUACUCAUCGGAUAUGGAGUGCGUUUUCCUGUACACCACCAAGCUUGUACCCCAUUACUGGCCCACUCUCUGCAAUGCGACAAAUAUCGGCUCGUACAGCAUCUCCCAAGAUAUUGUAGCCCGGACCUCGUCAUCUCAGGGAUCUGAAGCAGAGUCGUCCCAAGCACCUAGCGAGAGGGUUCUGUCCUCGGUAGUCUACCAGUUCAACGUCCCCCAAUGCUCCCCGCCGUCGUCUCCGACGUCUUCGAACGGGGACGCGUACAGCUACACAACCGAGUCAAGCGUCGGCCACAGCCGCGAGCUAGAGCGGAUAUUUGGCGAUGCUAUGUCGACGGUACCCACGCCGAUGGCGACGCACACCAGUUCUCCGCACUACCAGCAGCGCUACCAGCUGCACCCCGCAACAUCGCAAUCUUUCGACAUGUCUCCUCCUGGUCUCAUUCGUGACGAGGAGGGCUACCAGAGCCUGCCGCAGAGCCCGCUCGACGCCGUCUUCCCAAACACCAUAGCGCUUAGCGCAGGGUUGGCCACAGGCCAAUUCGACAGCAGCGCCGUCUCUGCAGGCCUCGCCCCAACGGGCGCAAGAUACGGCCAGAGCCUCGCUCACCCGAGCCAGCCAGGGUACAGCCCCUUCUAGUCUGAUUCGCGCCCUCUCACGCAAACUUAAUCGCUUGUCGCCCGCGCAUACAGUCGGUGACACCUGCCGUGCCUAGGGUCUCUGGCUGUGCCCUGCCCCAGUGCGGCUGCGCAAGCUCGUUCGUGACCGGGGUCACGGUCACGCUGGGACUUUAUCUCGCAUCCAGCCAUUGGCACCGCCGGCUCGCUCAUCUGCAGAAGAGGAACUCUUUGUGCGUGCGCAUUCAUCUCCGAGGUUGCUUCCUGUUCGCAAUCCGCCUUCUCUCGCAUGCUUUUGACCAUUUGUCCAUCAAGUCGUGUACAUGCUUUCCAUUGUUGUGAUUCUAGCUUGCUCUCAUCAGUUCAUGCUGCUUCUUCUGCUGUAUGUUUUACCCACCGAUUAGUCACAUCUAUUUACCAAUAUGUCCCCUUCAUACAUACAUCACUUCAUUUCUCACCAUGGACUUCCUCUCGUAUGUGUGUAUGUAUAAUAUCAUCCUUAUUCACAUCAUCACUGUCUGCCAUCCCUUCUGCUCCAUUCGUAUACCCAUCGUUCAUAGGAUCUGUACAUACUAUAG